AUGCAUGGUGCCUCGCUGACGCCCGUUUUCGUGAAGGAAAACUUAAUCCGAAAUUUUGCAAAGGAUGUGGAAAAGGCUGCAAACAAAUGUAUAAAUCUGGCUUCUGACAGAAGAAUCAUAGUAGCGGACAUAUCUUGGCAGUUUCCCAAUUCGGGUGCUGUCAAGGUUAAUACGGAUAGGGUUGCAUGUGGUAACCCUAGUCCAGCUGCUUGUGGGGGAGUCAUUUAUGAUGAGUGCGCUUGGAAUGCUGGGUACCGUAACAUCAUUAUUGAAAAUGAUUCAACAAGUGUGCCCACUGUUCUCACUAGAAAUGGUGCAGCAGUCCGUGAGAAUCAUUUGAUUUCUCAUAUACAGACAUGGAUCGAUAAAAUCUGGUCUGUGACUUUCAGGCAUACUUUGAGGGAAAGUAACUCGUGUGUAGACUGGUUAGCGAAUUUUAUAUUAGACUAUGAGGGGCAGGAAAACUAUCUUAUUUGGCAUGAACCUCCUACUAGCAUCCAGUUUCUGUUGCUUGCUGAUCUUUCAGCUGUUGGGAGACCUCGUGCUUUGAGUUGCAAUAACUAA